UAAUUCGUCUGUAUUUACUAGUGGAAUUUACAACAACUCAUUUUUUAAAAAAAUGUGAGCAAACUUGUGACAGAUUCCGGACCCAUACACUUCCUGCAUGUUCAUGCCCACAUGAAUAAAAGCGGGCUUGCUCAUGUGAUAAGGUUUAUGAAAAGAUAUUGCAACUAGAAAGAACGUUGCACCAACUCGAUAAACGAAAAAGGAUUCAAUACUUUCAAGAUGUCAGCGCAUAUGGAAAUGGAUGAGAUCAAGGCGGAAACAGACGGGCCUUUUGAUUAUAAAGAAUUAGAAGAAGACACAAAUAACAAAGAAUGCAAACCUAAAAGUCAUUACACAUGCUUCAAAGAAAAGUUGAAGAAGAAUUUGCACCGAAAUUUAAUCAUUUUUUUAUCAUUUGUUGUUCUGUUCAUUGUUAUUUUCAUUUUGAUCGGCCUUCUCUCCACUGGUGAAAUCAAACCUGUUAAGACAAAAGUUCUUAAACAAACGCAAGAGAAACAAGACAUUCUUGUGCAAAGUUUAUUUAAAGAGUUUCAAGAGCAGAAAAAAAUGAUGCUCCACUUGUCAAAUUCGUUGGAAAUACAGCGCCAUAACAAUACUUAUCUUAAUGAUCAGAUUUUAUCCUUAUCAACUCAACUUCAGCAGUCACAACAAGACAUAUCAACUCUAACUACUAAGCAAUUAUCACUUUCAAACAGACUUGAAUUACAAGAAAAAAAUACAUCAGAUUUACUGGAAAAGGUGAUGGAUCUGAAUAAGAAGGCAGCGAAAUAUAAGUUGAUGGCAGUUGACUUGCAAGAUCAGUUGGACUCAGUAAAACAAAACUUAACUACAAGACUUCUUCAGCAGAGCUUAAAUAUUGAAGCUGCCAUAAGUGAACAAAAAAAUGUCAGCGCUUCGUUACAACGAAAGACUUCACAAAUUGUAACAGAUGUUGACGAACAGAAAAACCUAACAAAAGAGUUGAAAAUCCAGCAACUCUCCUUUGCACACAGUCUGAAUUUGCAAGAAAGAAAUGUAUCAGAAUUACAAACCAAGUCUUCUCAAAUGAUGAAAGACAUCAGUGAAGAGAAAAAGAUGACAGUACUUUUAAAAAAACAAACGUCUCAAAUGAUGGAAGACAUUAGCGAAGAGAAAAAGAUGACAAUACUUCUAAAAAAACAUACAGAAACCUUAUUCAACUCCUUGUCGCACCAUGGAAAUAAUACAUUGAACUUAAAUAUAACGAGCAAGAUGGUUCUAGAUAGGAUGGAUAAAGAAGAAGAAUUAUCAUCUCUACUAACAGCUAAGUUCACUAACAUAAGUGAAAGGAUGCUUAAUCAAGAAAAUGUUACAGCAGCGUUAAAGAAAUCGAAUAACAAAAAUAAACUUAAAAUAUUGACGCAAGAAAAUGUCACAGACGCGCUGCAGAAUCAGACUUCAGCAUUAUUUCAUUUAUUGUCGGAACAUGGAAACAAUACGAUGUCUUUAAAUAUAACGACGAAGGCUGUUCUAGACAGGAUGGAAAAACAAGAAGAAUUAUCAUCCCUACUAAAAGCAAGGAAUCACGAAUUUAAGCUGAAGAUUUUGGCUCAAGAGAAUGUAACAGUUAUUUUAAAAGCCCAGACGGAAACUUUGAAUGAAACAUUAGCAAAACAAAUAGUAGCCACAAGCGAUCUCCAAGAGAAGAAUCGUGAAAAUAAGCUCAGGAUUUUGGUCCAAGAAAACGCAACAGAUAUCUUAAAAAAUCAGACGAAAAGCAUGAAUGAAUCUUUAGCAAGGCAAGCAGUUGCCACAAGCGGUCUCUUGGAAAAGACGGAAACUAUGAAUGAAACAUUAGCGAGACAAAUCGUAGCCACAAGCGAUUUAUUGGAGAAGGCUGAAAACAUUAGUGAGACACUGAACAAACAGAUAAAUAUGGCGAAGGAUUUACAAAAACAGACAACAUAUCUCAAUGAAACAGUAAUAAAGACACUAAAUGCAACAUACACUUUAGCCGAAAAAGGAGAAGAUAUGGAUAAAAAAAUUGCUAAACAACAAAACACAACGGUUCACAUUGAACGCAAGACAAAUAACCUACUCGUAGAUGCUGAACAAAUCAAAAGCGAGGCAAAUAUUUUAGAAAAUAAGGUGAAAUAUAUAAACAAUUCGUUGAGCGACUUAACACUGACUUCAGGUAAACUGAUUUCAGAAAUGCGACAGCAUAAAGAAAAUAUAAUCUCGGUUAACAGAACACUAAAUGAAUUAUCUUCAAAAACAGAUAAUAAUACCGUUGUCAUAAGCAGACAAUUAGUUCAGAUUGAUACUUUGAAAGAUAAUCAAACCAGAGCAAUCAAUAUUACAAAUAGCCUUGCUGGUGAGAUAGCGAAUCAGAGAAACCAAAUUAUCAUAUUGCAAACAAGACAAAGUAACCAUAUCAGUAACAUGGGGAUUAAAAUCGUCAGCAUUGAUUCAGAUAUAAAUGCCAUAAAGGUAAAUCAGGCUACCUUGACAAGAAACACUCAACAAAUUUCAACAGAUCUCAACGCCGAAAAAUUAAAGGUAAAUGCCGUACAAACAAAACAAGCCACAUUGACCAGAACCACUCAACAAAUUUCAACAGAUCUCAACGCAGAGAAGUCAAAGUUAAUCCAAUUUAAUACUGAUCUGAACUCAGAAAAGUCGAAGAUAAAUGCACUACAAACAAAACAGACCACAUUGAGCAGAAAUACUCAACAAAUCUCUACAGAUCUUAAAGCAGAGAAAUCAAAGUUAAGUCAACUUUCAUCGAAGUUGAAUACGCAAGUGGCAAGAAUAGAUGCUUUGGAGAUCAAAACAAAUCCACGGUAUUACUUCUCUACAUCGCGAAAGUCAUGGCAUGAUGCUGAGCGAGAUUGCCAAAGAAGAAAUGGUCACCUUGUCAGUAUACUUUCACGCUACGAGAAUGACUACAUUAAAAAUGAAUUGUCGAAAAAAAGAUACACCUCCUUGUAUAUUGGGUUUCACGAUCUAACCACUGAAAGUCAGUUUCAAUGGAGUGAUGGCUCGCAAGUAAGUUAUACAAACUGGUACAUUGGAGAACCUAAUAAUGCUGGAAUAGGUGAAGAUUGCACGAGUAUGUUGCCUGGUGGUAAAUGGAAUGAUGCAGUGUGUUCGAACAUUGAAUAUUAUGCCUGCAAGUAUUAGAAAUAAUUGCAAUACCUUAUCGGACAAAACUUUGUCGGACAAAAUUUUUGUCGGACAAAAUUUUUCGUCGGACAAAUUUUCGUCACCUUCAGAAAUUUUUGUCACUUUUGUCCGAUGAAAAUUUUUAUCCAUUUUGGAAUUUUCUUAUUUCUCAUUAAAACUUCAAUCAGCCAAUAUACAGUUGAAGAAAUACCACAAACGUUGUAUAUCCUUAGCAAACCUACAGAAACAGAAGCCGUAAAAACGCACAAUCUGCUUUAGAGAUAGUUGAAAAUCCCUUUAAAAGCCUAUAACUUCUGUCAGAAGUGAAAGGAAUUGUUCUUUCAAUGCUUGUGAUUGUUUUUUCUUGGAAAUCCCUCCCAAAAGGCUAAGUUUUUUUAAAAAGUUUUAAACCUUAUGGCAAGAAGGAUUUACUUUUGGCUUGUUCAUGUUUGUGAUUAAAUUGAGUUUUAUUGUUUCGAUAAGUUCGAAUUCUGAAGGCGGAAAGUCAAUUAUUAGGUCCAAAAAAGCAUUCCAGGUUUGUGAUAUUCGGAGUUUGUUGUAAAAAGACCAGUUGGUUGCUUUUGGACAAUUUUUUUCGUCUGAUAAAAUAUUUCUCGGAUAAAAUUUUUUGUCGGACAUAAUUUUCGUCACCAAAGAAAAAAUUUGUCACUUUUGUCCGACAAAGUUUUGUCCGAUAAAGUGGUUCUUUUUAGUAUGUUACGACAUAUAGGAAUUGAGUAAACGGAAAUCAACUGUUCUAAAUUCACUAUGUUCGACACUUUUCCUUCUUUUACAGAAGCAGAUUUAUUUGUUUUUUUUAACAAGCAAUGUCGCCUAAUAGUUGCUUUUUUAUGACUUUUUUUUUAAUUUUUAAAUUCAUUGCUUAAUCUUUUUAUAACAGGUUUUAAGUUAUUUUAUAACAUGUUAACUGUGAUAAUUUUGAAUUUGUUAACGAAGUCGUCUAGAUUGAGAAAAAUGUAAAUAUUGCCUUUAUUUUUUUAUCAUUUUUGUCAUAGUUGUUUUAGUGGAACUGUACGACAAAUGAAAAGGCUAUGUUAUGUUUCUAUCUAUCAAACAUAAUCCACA